CCAUAGCAAAACCAAAAUAUCUUAGCAAAGAUGGGUGAGGUCAAUGUUAACGGAGAGAAUGUUAAUGAGCUUCUUCAAGCCCAAGCACACGUCUGGAACCACAUUUUCAGCUUCAUAAAUUCCAUGUCUCUGCAGUGUGCAAUUGAUUUAGGCAUCCCUGAUAUCAUUCAAAACCACGGCAAGCCGAUGGCCAUCACCGAGUUGGUUGCGGCACUACCGACGCUCCACCCUACCAAGGCAUGCAACGUCUACCGGCUCAUGCGUAUUUUAGUCCACUCGGGCUUCUUUGCAAAACAAAAGCUCGGGGAUGGCGAUGGAUCCGACGAAGACGGUUAUGUUCUUACCAGCGCUUCUCGGCUCCUGCUCAAGGACAAUACCUUGAGCGCUACCCCACUUUUGAAAUCCAUGCUGGAUCCAAUUUUGAUGCAGCCUUGGCAUUUCCUAGGGACCUGGUUCCAAACUGAUGAUCGGACCCCAUUUGUUACUGCACAUGGGGAGAUGUUGUGGGACUAUUGUAGCCACGAUCCACAUGUAAACAACUCUUUCAAUCAAGGCAUGGCCAGCGAUGCUCGACUCGUCGCUCGAAUUUUGAUCGACAAGUAUAAGGAGGCAUUCGAGGGAUUGAAUUCCUUGGUGGACGUUGCAGGGGGCACGGGAACACUGGGAAAGACCAUUGCUGAUGCAUUUCCACAUUUGAAAUGCACUGUGUUUGAUCUUCCUCAUGUUGUUGCUGGCCUACAAGAUAGUGGGAAUGUUAAAUAUGUUGGAGGCGACAUAUUCGAGCAUGUUCCGUCUGCAGAUGCAGUUUUACUAAAGUGGAUAUUGCACGAUUGGAGUGAUGAUGAAUGUGUGAAGAUUCUGAGGCGAUGUAAAGAGGCAAUUAGCAGUGGAGGGAAAGUGAUGAUAAUAGACAUGGUAGUAAUGAAGAAUAAGAAAGUGAAUGAACAAGGGUUGGAUUUGCUGGAAACGCAGCUCUUCAUUGAUAUGCUGAUGAUGGUGCUGAUGACCGGAAAAGAGAGACACGAGGAAGAAUGGGCUACGCUGUUUUCUGCUGCUGGUUUUAGUGGUUACAAAAUCAUUCCUAUUAUAGGUUUGAGAUCCCUUAUUGAGGUUUAUCCUUGAUAAUAAAGUUAUAGCUCUCCGUCUAAAUAAAACUGGAUAAACAGUCAGCCACAUGGGAACUCAAUUUGAUUCCAUCAACAAAAUCUGUCAUCGAGGUUUAUCUUUAAUAAAACGUUGUUUUACUUUGA